AUGAUUCAAGAAAUUAAACCUGUCAUAGAUGAAGGAAUUAAUCUCAGAUGCAGAUUUUAUGAGAAUUAGUAUCCGAAAGAAAAUGAUUUAGUUGUUGUAGAGGUAGUGGAAGUUUAAGAAAAUGCAUCAUACGUCGAAUUAUUGGAGUAUGAUAGAAUAAGAGGCAUGAUUCCACCGAAUGAAACAACAAGAGCAUUAAAGGGCGGAAUUCAAAAAGCUUUAAAAAUAGGAAAAAUUCAAGUUGUUAGAGUGUUGAGAGUAGAUGAAGAUUAAGGAUACAUAGAUCUAUCUAAGAAGAAGGUGGCCAAGGAUGAAGAGCUUAUGUCAUUAUAAAAGUUUGCAGAUGGAAAAAUGAUUCAUUCAAUUAUGAGAGCCAUCGCAGAAAAAUGCAAUAUCAAUAUUUAGGAAUUAUAUAAAACUAUUGUAUGGCCAUUAUAAGACAAUAAAUAAAAUGUUUCAGUUCUUUAAAUAUUUAAAAAUGCUUUAUCAGAUUAAAAGAAUUUGUCAAAGCUAAAUCUAUCAGAAUAGAUUUAACUUAAAUUAAUGGAAGAAAUAGAGAGAAGAUUAAAACCAGAACCAGUUACUAUCAAAACUGAAUUUGACUUAAUCAGUCAUGACUAUGCCGGAAGUCUUAUUAUCAAGGAAGCUCUAAUCGCUGGAACAAUGAAAUCCACUGAAGAAUGCAAACUAUCAUUUGAAAUAAAAGCAUCUCCAUCUUACACUGGUAGAACAACUACAAUCUCAAGGGAUGGAGUAAAAAUUAUGAAGGAUGCUUUGGCUGAAAUUGAAAAUGUUAUGAAAAAGUAUUAAGGAUAGAUGAAAGUUAAAAUUGAACCUAAAGUUGUUGGAAACCAACAAGCCGAUUAUAUAGAUGAAGCUGAAAAUGAAGAUGGAGAAGAUGAAUACGGGAUUAAUUAAGAUGGUGGAGAAGGAGAUGACGAUGACGAUAUGGGAAUGUAAUGAAUUAUUUUAAUAGUAUUAAAUUAAAUAGUAUUUAUCAAUUA